AAUUCAAAACCCAUUAUAAACUGUUUUUAGUUUAUUUAGAGCUAUAAAUUGAGGAUUUACUUGGUUUAAUAUUUAUUAUCAAUUUCCACGCGCAACAGUGUUUUUCUGUCAAAACAAUUGUUUGAUUGCCAGAUUUGUCAAGUGAUUUUUGUAUACUUUCAAAAUUUAGUGUUUUUGAGAAAAACGGUGUGCUUAAAAAGCUUUCAGAGGUUAAUUUAUUAUUAUAUGUUAAAUGAAUAAUCUAAAUAACUUGCUUAAUGUUAAUGUGUAAUAAAUUCAGUUAAAUUAACCUCACUUCUUUGAUUUUGUAUUUUAUAAUAAUGUGGAAAUAUGUUAUUGGGACUGUAGCAGUCGGUUCACUGACAUACAGCAUUGUAAAGUACUUUUCUGGCGGUGUGUGUUAUUGCACGACUCGUUUAGAUGGGCUUGUUAUCGUAAUAACUGGAGGAAAUAGCGGAAUUGGAAAAGCAUUAGCAUUAGAGUUGGCUAAAAGAGGAGCUUCUUUGGUAUUGGCAUGUAGAUCAAUUGAGAAGGGAAUAGAAGCUAAAAAAUACAUUCAGUCUCAGUUGCCAAAUCAGCCUUGUAAGAUUAUUGUAAAGCAAUUGGAUUUAGCUUCAAUUGCUAGCAUAAUAAAGUUCUCUGAUACUUUAUGUUGCGAAUUUAAAGAGAUUUAUGCAUUGGUUAACAAUGCUGGUAUCUUUUACCACCCACAAGGUUUAACUGAGGAUAAUUUUGAAGUAACAUUCCAAACUAAUUAUCUUGGACAUUUUAUUUUAACCCAUCAACUGUUGAAGUUGCUUAAAAAGUCUGUGCAUGCAAGAAUUAUAAAUGUAGCAUCCGAAGGGCAUAGGAGUGUGAACGUUUAUGAUCUAAAAGCUGUAACCAACUGUCAUACAGAGUUUAGAUCGCAUUUUACUUCUUAUGGAGUCUCCAAAUUGGCAUUAAUUUUGUUCACAAAAGAGUUGUCGAAAAAACUUAUCAACACAAACGUUAUUGUUAACUCCGUGAACCCGGGCAACGUUGAAACCGACGUCUACCGUCACUUUCCACCACUAAGCAACAAGUGGUUGUUCGCCUUGCAGUGGCCCCUGCGCAUACUGCUCGUAAAACGCCCACAUCAAGGAGCCCAAACUUUGCUUCACAGCCUCCUAACGUCGAACAGAUCCACCGGGCAGUACUACAGCGACUGCAAGUUGGCUCUGCCCAGUCCUAUAGCGGCCAGCGACAAGGUGGCGAAAGAGUACUACAAGCUUACCGUCGGAAUACUGGAUAAGAAGCUGAUCGAGUCUGAGUGUUAAAUUUAGGGAAGAUGUCGCGCAAAAUUGAAGAGUUUGAUUCGCCGCAUGGUAGAAUUGGAAAGGAAAUAAUCUCUCCUGGACUGUUCGGCAGCAAACCUAUAGAAAAUAGUAUUUGCGAUAUAAACCACGUAGAUUUAAAUGAAUCAAUUAAAAUAACCAUAGGACAGCAGGAUAGUGAUUUCGGUCGGAUUUUGGAUGUUUGUAUACCCACUAUGAGUAAGGGAGAAACAUCAAAAUUCACAGUGAAAGAAUGCAGUUUCACCUUGCUAUUGCAUAGUUUUACAGAAGGAAAAUAUAUCUACCAAUUAACGCCCGAGGAUAAAUACAAUUUGGCUCUAAAACACAAAGAUGUCGGUGUGGAUUUAUUCAAAAAUAAUCGCAACAAAGACGCCGCAUCCCGUUUUAGUAAAGCUUUGAAAUACUUGCAUUCCAUUCCCAUAGAUGUAGCGAAAAAACCUGUCGAACUGGACGGUAUUCUAGUAAAAGAUAUUAAUACAUUAAAAGGCACUCUUUACAAUAAUCUAGCGUCAUGCUAUUUCAAAAAUCAAUCCUGGACUUUGGUUAUCGAAAUUUGUAAUAGAGUUAUUAAUUAUGAUAAGGAUAAUGUUAAGGCACUAUAUAAAUUAGGAGUUUCAUAUAAGCAUGAGAAAAACUAUGAGAAAUCGUAUGAGAGUUUUAAGAGGGUGUUGGAGUUAGAACCUAAUAAUAAAGCAUGUGGUGAACAUUUAAAGUUUGUUGUAUCUCAACUUAAAGAAUCUCAAAAAAAUGUCAAUGAUUUGGUUAAGAGAAUGUUUGUUGCCUAAGUAUUAUGUAGAAGAUAGUUAAAACUUAAUUUUCACAAAAUUUAUUUUUGUUAUAUUUGGAUCUG